GAAGUCCCCUUUUCACAGUAAGUGCUGUCGGAGGGAGAGUUUUUCUCGCCAUUGUGGAUGUUGUGAGGAGCAUGGCGUUCUAGGGACGAGAGCACUUCCCAGUCUGUUCGCGGGUCAAUAUCACCUUUGCAGCUUUUGACUCAGAUGCCUGUAUAUGUUAAUCUUGCAUGCUUCUCCAGAGGUGUGGGGGAAGGGGUUGUUAGUGGGUCCGAAUAGUGACAUGGAGUUACAAACGAGAGCGAGGUACCUCCAACAAACUUGAUUUCUUCGCUGGCGAUCAUCUCGCAGAAACUUGGUAGCAUACCUGCCGGACACUCUCAUCUCCCAUCUCACACCACACAAAGCCUCAAGAUCUCAAUUGCUACCUUAUCCAAGAUGGAUCUUCCUUCAUCUCACUCCACUCAACCCUUUAACUCCUCAUUCAAACCUUAUCCAAGAUCAUUUCCCUCUCAUUAUACCCUUUCCUCGUUUUCGGUUCCUCCCGACUGCGCAUCUAUCCCCGUCUAUUUACCCACCCUCCCGGGCCAUCCCCUCCCCAUUGUCUCUCAAAAUACUCAUCCCAUCAUCUCAUCUCAUCUCCCAACACUAACCCUCUUCUAUCCGCCUCUUUCCGUCCCCGUCCAACCUCGGUCAAACUCUAACUCUAACCCUAUUUUCAUCCACAAUAUAUACAAGCUGCACCUCAUCUCAUCAAGUUUGAACAUCAAAUUAACCUUGAGUUCCAUUGCAUCUGCACUUGCAGUCAAUAUAAUAUAUUUCCAUGACGCCACCAUCACUCCCUACUCACCCCAAUCUCUUGAUUCUAUUCUUUCUCUCUUGAAUGGAAGCGAAUGCAACCCAAUGCAAGCGAUUCAAUUACAUUCGAUUAAUUCUGCGCGGGAUACCCCACGCCCGCACACCUCCUUUCCACCGCCUCAAAUCAGCCUAAACCCCACACCCUUCAAUCAACCAACUUUCCCCAGCUGCCCUCCCCUUCCACCCAACUCAAUGACGCCCGGUAUCUCGGUGCGUGGCCGGAAGACCUCGAAUGCGGCCUGGCAAGCCGUAAGAUCGGCCUGGUUGGGCAUGAAGACUAGAUGACCCCGGUCUGAUACCCACUGCAGAAACUCCUCUGCUCCACGUGGCGGGAGGGAUCACCAUCUAUCUAUCUAUUUUUGCCUGCCUCCAUUGGCACAAUGUCCACGGCCUCCAAACUCCCUUACCUGCUUAUUGGAAGAAUACAGGCAUUCGGUAUUAAGGCACCAGGAGGAGGAGGUCAGGGUCAAAUCUGGAAUCUGGGCUACGUUUAGAUUCAGGGUGCGAUAUGAGACGAGACGUUU